GUGGGGGUUGGGGUGCAGUUGUGGUGUUGUGUGGGGCGGUUUUGGGUCCCCCUCUUGAUGUGACGCCGGGUUUUUGUAUCGUUUGUGGCAUGGUUUGAGGUGCCCAUCGGGGUCAUAGGGUCCUUCCUUAUGUGAUAUUGGGUUUCUUCGUGGUGCUAUGGGGAAGGCUGUCCUGGCACGAUAUGGGGCCUUUGGGGUCCCUCGUGGUGCUGUAAGGGGUGUUUUUGGGUCCCCUCACUGUGUGAUGUAGGGUUUUUGUAUCCCGCGUUGGGAUGGGAUCCUCCCACACCUCCAGUGCAUCCCAUGGCAUUGGUGUGGGAUCUUUGGGUCCCUUCUGGUGUGAUGUGGGGUCUGUGGGUUUUCUCAUGGUGCUGUGGGUGGUCUUUGGGUCGGUCUUGGCAUGCUGUAGGGUCUUUGGGUUUCUUCAUGGUGCCACAGGUGGAUCCUGUGGUCCCUCUUGGCACAACAUGAGGUCUUUAGGUUUCUUUGUGCUUCCAUGUUGGGACUUGGGGUCUCCAUGUGAUAAUAUGAUGGUCUUUGUGGGGAGGCCAGGGUGGGUCACUGGUUCCCCAUAGGCACCAACGGGCAGGGCAGGGGGAAGUUCCCCCACCCUCACUGGUGUGAGCUCAGGAUGAGGCCUAACAGCUUUGUGGGCACAGAGCUGAGAUGGAAGGCAGUCUGCUGGAUCCACCACAAACCAUCCCACCGCCUUCAGCAGGUUUCACAACAGUGCAGUAAAAUCCCCAUCCCGUGGCUGUUUGUGACUCCAUCAGGGUGAGCCACAGCCCCAGCAGUGCAUGGGGUUUGCAGCCCUGGCAUCAGCACAGCUGACCUUACAGCUCCUGGGGAAGUGGAGGAAAAGCCAUCGCUCCUUCCCAGAUAACUGCUGUUCCUUUGGUUGUCAGAGAUGUCAGAGAUGGCAGAGAUGGCAAACCCACUGACAGCCCGGGGCAACCAACCCACUGGUAGCCUGGGGGCAGCUCAGCAGUUCUAGCAUCUGACCCACAGACAAUCCCUUUCUCUCUGUGGCAGAGCGGAGCCAGCACUCCCCCCAGCUGCCAGGCAAUGACAUCUCAGAGCUGGUCUCAUGAUUCCUGCUCAUGCCACAAAGAGCCCUCAUUGUAUCAGCAUCUGAGGUUUAUCCCUCAGGCCCAUGAUGGGGAGGAGCGACUCCCAUCCAGCUGAGCUCUGAGCCUACAGCACAUCUGUGCUAUCCUUGUGAUUUUCUCUCUCUCUUUCUUUUUUUUUUUUUAACAGGGAGAGAAAGUCCCUGGUGAGGCUGUCACUGGGGUGUGUGUGAGCCAUACACUGCCACGGAGCAUCUCCCAUGUGUGCAAGGGGAAGAGGGCACACGGAUGCUGCACAGGCUUCUGCUGCCUGUGGUCCCACCAUGCUGUGUUCCUGGGCUGUACCACGUCAGUGAGCUCAUGGCAGCAGAGUAAACAGCUGGGGAGGAACUGGGAUGUUGACUCGGUGUGGCUGCACUGCAGUUGUCUGCAGGUCUACAUAGCAACAGGGCUGCACAAAACCUUGGAGCCCUAAGAACUGCUCAGCUGCGCUGGGGUUGGGAAUAGGGAUGGGGUUGGGGGAUGAGGUGGGAGUUGGGGAUGCACGACCCACUGUGAUCUCUUAGAAAAGAAAGUGUAACGAGGAGAGAGUUUGUCUUUAGAAACGAGUGGUCAAAAAGAAAAAAAUAUUGCAAAAAGACAUUAGAUAACCAGGGAAGGAAAGCUCUGCUUGUGCAACCUUUACCCAGCGACAGAUAAUGAUUGGGAAAGUAACUUCUCUCUCUGCUCAGAUGCUAACUGCAGCCAGAUGUGGUUUUAUGGUCCCUUCGGUCAGGGGACAUGAGCACUCAGCAUAUCUCAUACCUGCAGGUCUGAGAGCACAGCAGGGCCAAGGCCAGGCCGAGGGGAGCAGCAAGCUGCUGCUGUUGGCCAUUUGCUCCCCAGAGCUGCCAGCUGUGCCUGCCUGUCCCACUUGUAGCAUCUGCGUCCUGCAGACCGGUGCCAUUCCAGCCUGGUUGGUCCUGACACAGCUAAAACCAUGUAUGAGAUGAACAACCCACCAGUAGCCCCACUGAGCUCACACGGCUGGAAAUCGAGGAAAGCAGAGCCAAUGCACCACCAUUUUCCACCUUAUUGCCAAGGUCUGCAGCCCACCUGACCCCCAGCACUGCUGUUCUGCUGCUGGCAGAUUGUGCAGGGAGCAGAGACAGCAAAAACACAGUGCUGUGAGAUCUGCCUGCUGCAUUUCAGAGGUUGGAAUUCUCCCUGCACCUGAUGUUCUGCAAAGCACUGCACCAUGUGCAGCAGGCGAGGUGCUGAGCAAAAUGUGAACAGGCCAUCCCUCUGUGAGAGCAGGGCUGCAGCCACAGCAGCUGCUCACAGCCAGCACUCCUCAGCGUGGCUGCACCCCUGGGGCAGCUCUGUGCUCCCUCUGCUGCCUCUCCCUUUGAGCCCUUUGCUGGGGAUGUGCAGCUGUAAUUACAGCGCAGGGGAAGAUCCUAUUUCCCCAGAGAGCCGCGCUAAUUACUGCUGUGCAUUGGCCCAGGAGAGCUGGAGCAGCGUGCUGCUGGGGCUGGGGGAGCGAGGUGAGAUGCAGAUGGAGAGGGAAGCUGCUCUCUGUUGGGAUCCUCUCCCCUCCUCCAGAACAGCUUUCCCCUUUUUCUGCAGCAUCGCUUUGUGCGGUCGCUGUUGGCUGAGGGCCUUUGGGCUGAGCCCAUGGAUGCUCUCACCCAGCUCUGAGCCCUGGAGCCAUUCCCCAAAGCACACACAGCUCCACCACAGCCCUGGGAUGAUGGGGUACAUGGGGUCGGGUGCCCCAACUCCUCACACAGCCUAGCAGAGCUGAAGUCCAUCACUGCUGAUCUCCCAUCCUGGCAGCCCUGGGUAAAACCAGUCCAACAAAGCCCACAGUAAAUCCACACAGGGAACGUGUCUGCGUGAAGAUAACAGUUUGCCUCUCUGCGUUUCCCCUCUUAUUGAUUAACACCUCUUAAUGAUUCUGGAUAAAAAAUCUCUCAUAGUCACCGCCUGACACAGAAGAUCAAUGGAAAGGCAUUUAGUGAGAUACAGAGGCAAACAGCCCCACGGUUCCCUGCAGGAGCCGUCCCUGAGAGCAGCACCAUUGCUGCCCAAUCGAUAGUUCACUGUGACCUCUCCCUAUUGCUUGCUUUUUUCCCCCUUGAGCUGGCGGGGCAGCAAACCUGCUCUUGGCUUUAUCAAGGACUAGAUUAUAACUAUCUCAAUUGAUCUGAUAUGUAAAGGACAUGGGGCCUCUCCAGCCAGCUGUCUGCACUGGAAGAGCUCCCGGGGCUGCACAGGCCCUCAUUAACCCCUGGAUGCAUAAAACCCACACCAAUUAGCCCCAGUGAGCCCAAUCAGCUGGGAGUGCUGUGCACGGUGUGGGUGAGUGGCCCCAAAGCUUUGUGGUGGGCACAGGAAGGAGCAUUGGAGCCUGGAACCCUCACCCAUGUGCUUGGGACAAGGACAGGGGUGGGGACCAUGGGAAAGUCCCACUGCCCCCACUCAUGAGAUACAGCCACACCUGCAGCGUUGCUAUCACUCGUUUGAUUGGAUUAAUUAAUCAUUUGGUUAUAACUGCUCAUUAAGCAUUCCAGCAAUCAAUACUAAUCACUUAAUUACUCGGCAUAUUACAGCUGGGAAAGGUCUGCUCGUUCCUAAUUAGAUUCUUUGGACAAUCCACCCCCGGCCAUAGCAGAGCCCCAUAGCAGAGGCACUCGGAGCCGUUCAGCAAUGACCCACAUUUGGCAUCCCUCGCCCUGCGCCCAUCCUGGCAGCCCCCCACCUGCCGUUAAUUGCCGGCACGCGUUGCCCGUUCAUCUCCAGGCCGCGGUGCCGUCGGUCCCCGCACAGCGGUGCACCCGGAGUGUUUCCAGGGAUCAUCCUGAGCCGAAAUCAAAUUGGAAGUGGGUGAUCUGAAGCGUGAGAAAGGGACAAGUGGAUAACGCGAGGAUAGCGAGUGAGGAGUUCUUUUAGAAUCAGCCUUGUGCGCAGCCGUCCCGGAGCGCUUCCCUUCCUAUUUCUCUCUCUGCUCACCCAGCUCCGUGCUCCCGUACAAAGCAGCCCCUGUUUCGCUGGAGGUUUCCCAAACGCAACACUCGGAGCGCUGCUGCUGCUGCUGCUGCUGCUCGGCUUUCGCGUUCGGAAGGCAGCGAACGCACAAGGAAGAGCAGCGUCACACGCAGAGCUCCGCAGCCGCUCGGGGCCGGGAGCGGCAUCUCCGGAACGCAGCGGGGUCAAUGCGGGGCUGGAGGGAGGCUGAUGGAUGGGCACAGCCCAACCGCGCGGCGCCGAGCCGGGCAUCCUCCGCUCCCCCCUCCCCAAUCCUCCUCCCCCCAGAGCUGCGGCGGAGCUGCGUGCACCGCCCCGCGCCGGGCGGAGCCGAGCCGGGCCGAGCCGAUCUGAGCCGAACCGGGCCGAGAGCGCUGCGGUGGUGCGAACGGGCGGUGCGGUUCGGCCUCCAUCUCCUCCCCCCCCCGACCCCCCGGUGCGAGGCGGGGGCCGCCGCCAUGCCCCCCGGAGACUGAGGCCCGCGGGCGCGGGGUGCCCGCAGCAUGCGGAGGGUCCGGCGCUUGGUGCACCUGGUGCUGUUCUGCCCCAUUUCCAAGGGCCUGCAGAACCGCCUCCCAGGCAUCAAGGUGAAAUACCUGCUGGUGGUGUGGCUGGGCAUCUUCGUGGGCAGCUGGGUGGCCUACAUGCACUACUCAUCCUACUCUGAGCUCUGCCGUGGCCACAUCUGCCGGAUGAUAAUCUGCGACCAGUACAAGAAAGGAAUCAUUUCUGGCUCUACGUGCAAAGAUCUGUGCGAGGAGCACAGCCUCCGCUUCCAGCACUGCCUCUCCUCCUCCCCCACCCAGCAGGUUUACAGCGGGCUCUGGAAGGAGAAGGAGGUGAUCAUCAAAUGUGGCAUUGAGGAGGCCCUGAAGGCAGACAGCAACCCAGACUCCAUUCCCAGGAGGGAUGUGGUUCUCUUUGACAAACCGACUCGAGGGACAUCGAUGGAUGAGUUUAAAGAAAUGCUCCUGAACUUCCUAAAGUCCAACCUCGGAGAUCAGACCUCUCUUGCAGCCUUGGUGAGCCAAAUCAUCACCAUGGCAGAUGUGAACCGGGAUGGGAAAGUGUCUUUAGCAGAGGCCAAAUCCAUCUGGGCGCUACUUCAGCUCAAUGAGUUUCUUCUUAUGCUCUCCUUGCACGAGAAGGAACACACCUCCAAGCUGCUCGGGUACUGCGGGGAUCUCUACAUCACAGAAAAGAUCCCUCACAACUCCCUCUAUGGAGCAGACAUCCCAGCCUUCCUGCAGUCGCUGCUGCCUGCUGCUGUCCACCAGGUCAUCCACCAGUGGUUUGCACCAGCCUGGCCCCGGCGGGCCAAGAUCACCAUUGGGCUGCUGGAGUUUGUGGAGGAGAUAUUCCACGGGACCUAUGGGAACUUCUACAUCUGUGAAACCAGCUUUAGGAACGUGGGCUACAAUGACAAAUACGACUUCAAAAUGGUCAACCUGAGGAAGGUGGCAACGGAGAUGACAAUCAGAGGGUUUCUCAAGGGACGUCACUGUGAGCAGAACGUGGACUGCACCUAUGGGAAGGACUGCAUGGCCACCUGCGACAAGCUCAUGAAGCAGUGCAAAAGUGACAUGGUUCAGCCCAACCUGGCCAAGGUCUGCAGGCUGCUGCAGGACUACCUGCUGUACGGGGCACCGCCUGACCUGAAAGAGGAGCUGCAGAAGCAGCUGCGAACUUGCAUGACCCUCAGCGGCCUGGCCAGCCAGAUGGAAGUGCACCACUCCCUCGUGCUCAACAACCUCAAGACCUUGCUCUGGAAGAAGAUUUCCAACACCAAAUAUUCCUAAUGGGGCCCAGGGCUUACAAUCUGAAAUCCCCAAGUUCAGCCAAGGCUCAAAGGUCUGCUUCUCCAUCCUCUCCCCUGCAGGAAAAAUACACCCUAUCCAGGGAGUUCAGCAUAGCUGCAGCACCUCUGCUUUCAUGAAAAGCCAAACAUCUUGACUUCCACCACCUAGCAGGAUCAUUGGUAGUCUGCAUCAACAGCUGUGAAGCUGGGCUGAACAAGUCUGGGGGAAGGAGGAGGAAAGAGAAGGAAGCAGAGCCCAGUUGGAUGCAUCUGUUUCUUGAUUAACAGGAAAGCAGUGCAGAAAGAUGAGAAUGAAUCAUUCAUGCUGUACUUGUCACAUCUUAUUUUGAUGAACGUCUCCGAUGUAAAUAAAGAGCUUUUAUGUGAAUCACACCACUACAUCAAUAGCAAAACAACAGCCUUUUAAGUACCAGCAUUCUUGUGAUCUAAAAAGGAGAAAAAGGUAGAUUUUCAAUUCAGAAAUCCCCCCUUAAGUACCUGAAUCAUCUACCAUGAGAUCUAGCCACUACCUAGGAAGUGGAUAACCUAGGAAGUGGAUAAGCUGUCUUUUCUACAGCAGAGAACCCUGGCAAUUGUUUCACUGCUUUUUUAAGUGCCUGACCCAUGACAGCAAUGUGAUGGCUUUUGUGAGGAUCUCCUCCCAGCUGCUUCUGCCUGUAGUGUGAAACUGCCUGCCAGGAAGUACACAGGCCAUUCCCCCUCAUGUGCCAAGUCUGGAAGCACAUCAGGCAAGAAGAGCUUAAAGGAAACCUAAGGGCUACAACUGAUGGGUUCUGACCAGCUACCAUGUAUUCUCCACAUUACUUCCCUCAGUAUUCAAUCACACAUGCAAGAAUAAGCCAACCUUUCAGUUUAAUUCUCUAAGCUGGGUUACCACUGCAGAGGUUAAAGAUUAAUACCAAAAUAAUCCACUGCUUCUCCCAUUAUCAAAAUGAAUUUCCAGAGAACCUUUCAGCAGGUAUCAUUUGCUUGGCUGUGUAAAUACUGCAGCUCUCUACCUACAGUCUGUUUCCUUUAAAUGUUCAGUUGCAGCAAUCUUUCAGAACUUCAGGUAGAGAAGGAACAGUUUAUGUAAAUGACCUCAAGCAUGCUCUGUUCCCAGCACAAUAACAUCCCUGCUGGCAGAGCAUAUGCUGGUGCUGCUGCCAACAAUUGCUUAGUGAAGUGGAGCAUGUAUCUGAAGUACAAUCACUGACGGAAAAGAAAUACAUUUAACAGUAUAUAUGGUCUGUGAAGGUAAUCUGCAGUGUCAUAGCUGCAAAUUUAUGGGCCCUCUGGAGGAUAAAUAUCAGCAUUUCCUUCUAUUAGUUCUAUAGGAUCAUCAUUACCUCUCACUGUUAUUUAUGAAGGAUAUGUUUCAGUGUCAACAGUGCUCUAAAUCUAGCAGGCAGCUAGCACAGCUUGCUCCCUGCAGACAAGUCAGCUCCACAGCAUCAUUUAUCCGUGGUAAGGCUGAACAUUUGUAAGUUUCCUGUGUUUGAAAGGUUGCAAGUUACUCAGCCUGUUGGAGCCAGGCACCCAUAAUGCAGUAAUAAUACUGCAGAGUCUCAGGACUCCACCUCCAGGCACGGUGCUGCUAAGUGCAGGUACAGAUCCCUGUGCCAGCAUGGAAGGGCUGUUUGUAGGGAGGGAAGGCAAGGACUGGAGUUCUUUCAGGCUUCACAUAGCUACAUCCAGCUCCUCGUCUGUUGUCCUGUACUCCCAUGGCAGCUAGAUCCACUGACAAGAUCAUUUUCUGCUGCUAUGAGAAAAAGAAACCUAACAACCAUACCAAAUCUCAUUUUCAAGAAAGCCAUUUUUCACCUUUCCAUCUAUUUGAAACCUGAACGUAAACUCUGCUCUGACAAAUGGCACUCCCUACUGCACUUAACCCCCACUGGUCCCUUCCCCAAAAACUAUUACAUAAAGCAGCAGGUAAGCAGCUAGAGAGAUUGACAAAAACAAGUACUUUUUUUUCCUUACCCACAUCACCAUAAGUACCAUCUUUAGGCAUUUACAAUGUGGAAUUGUUCAGGAGAAGACAGUCCAUGUAUUGAAGAGAACUAGCUAAGACACUUUAUUCAAAUAAAGACUUUUGACAA